AUGUCAACAGCCCGCUCCGAGUGCAUUGAAUCUACAGGUGCUCAGACACGACCUUUAAAGAUCAACAUCGGCGGCGAGAAGCUCAUUGCUGUUGCUCCUGACUUGUUCGACAUCCUCGGUGAGAACAAACUGUCUUCAAUGCUGUCAGGGCGCUGGCAGACAUUGCGCGAUGCAGAUGGAAGCAUUCUCGUGGACUACUCGCCGGAUGUGUUUCUGCCACUCGUGGAAUGGUUGCGUGACAUGCGAGAUGUCGAACCUGAUGUCCACAUCAGUGUGCAGGUGAGACCAGACCGGAGGUAUGCCUGGAUCCGAAUGAUGAGGUCUUUUGCUGUCGAUGUGCUCCACCUCGCGAUAGCAGGAAUCACCUUCCAAGAACUUCUGAACGUGGGGUAUUCGUGCUCACAGCUCUCCUCUGUCUACGACCCUCCGGCCGCAGUGUGCCUAUCCACCGGCAUGUCUGCAGCAGAACUUCUACAGGCAGGCAUCUCAGAGUCGCAUCUUCGGGAGGCAGAGAACCGGCUUGCAAGUUUCAACGCACGCCACUCCAUUACUAAGCCCCCUCGGCCCCAGCUUCAUGAAUGCGAACAGGUCCCACUUCUCGAAUGUUACCGAAAGAGACGCUGGCCCAAGUGA